UAACCGUUCAGUUUCAAACUCCACCGGAUUGCAGUGGAGUUUUAUCGCGCAUUACGAGCGACACAGGCGCUCAGGACAGAAGUGUGUGUGUUUGUUGAUGUAGCUUUUGCUAAAAUUUAUAUGUCAAACAUUAAAUAACAGAAUUAAAAUGUCCUCAAGAUUCAUAUACGUCUUUGGAUAAACUUUGGAGUUUUUAAUGAAUGGAUGGAGAGCAUUUUAUUUCAACAUAAAAUGGGUAAACUUCAGUCCAAACACGCCUGCAAAAGGAGAGAAAAUCCUGAAGGGGACAGUUUUGUAGUGAGUGGGUUUCUUUCGAAAAGAGGAGGAGAAAGUGAGAGGGCCGAGCACAAAACGCGACACAUUCAGGACUUAGACAGCUGUGAGUUUAAAGAUGGACUGUUUGGAGAACACCGCUGCCCCCUAGAGGUGGUUCUGCCUCCUGAGAAGGCGGAGGGCUGCGAGAGCUCUAUGCAGUUUGCCAACGGUGAGGACGGAGAGAGCAAUAAAGCAAGGAAGCGCAUAAGUCUGAAUGAGCUGGAGUGCGACGUGUCCGUGGAAGAUGAUAACAGACAGGAGUGGGUCUUCACCCUGUAUGACUUUGACAACAGCGGCAAAGUGACCAAAGAGGACAUGUCGAGUCUGAUGCACACUAUCUACGACGUCGUGGACGCCUCGGUUAACCAGUCGUGCCACAGCAAGAGCAAAACGCUGCGUGUGAAGCUGACAGUUACACCUGAGCCCAGCCCUCGGCGGAGAGAACACAACACACACACCGGGACAGAUAGGGACUGGAGCUGUAGCCGUGUGGAAGCCACACAGCAGGAAGAGGUCCGCGGGGGAGACAAGCGCCACUCGACACACGUGAGGGACUCGCUGGAGAGGAAUCAUUACUGCGUUGAUGAGAACACAGAGAGGAGGAAUCACUACUUGGACCUUGCCGGCAUUGAGAACUACACCUCUAGAUUUGAAACCAUAGUGCCCCCUACAGUGCAUCAAGAUAAUAUAACCCGUCCGUCUCAGUCUCAGAGCCGCUCUCGCUCCCAUGAGCCGGACUUGCACUGUCAGCAGCGCCGUUCACAGCUCUUCAGCGAUCACUGCGCUUCUCGUGCCGUCCACCCCACCAGACCCCAUAAAGGGGCAUCUAAAGGGGGCGGGACUACACCGACAAGGGCCAGCAAGUGUUAUGGGCAUCACGGUGGGCAGGAUGUGUAUCACCUACCCCAGCAGAGCCAGCCUCAGCCACACACACACUCUCAGCACCCCCUGCAACACAGCCACAGCAAGAGGCUGAGAUCCAGAACGCAGAGUAAACACACACCACAAUCACCCGAUCGGGAACACACACACGCCGCAGGUUUCGUGGUACCCACGGUGCAACGGCACGAGCAUCAUCACCACCACGAGCAUCACCAUCAUCAUCACUAUCAUCACUACCAUCAGACAUGAUCGUGCACACACACAUAUACACACAUGUAGUAUGUUCUACUCAUGUCAAAACCACAGACAUAUCAAGGCUCCUAAAAACUGAAUGGAAAUCAGAUGUUUCAAGCUGGACAUGUUGCUCCUUGCUCACGUUUGCACACAUUCCUGACACUCUGAGUGCGUUUUGCCAUAUUACAUACUCCAGGUCUCCUUUUAUCCAAUCUCAGGUUAAAGCUGCUGCUGUUUAAGCUUUUCAGAGAAACAGCUACUUCUCUCAGAUACCUGCUGUGGACUGAGGGAUCUUCCUCUUACCAGGGUACACAUCACCACUGCCAGUUAAUGCAAUGCAAAAAAUAUAUACCUGUACGUUAUGAAAAUGUAUAACUAUAAACUUUUAUUGUUUAAUUAUACAGACAGCAUAUGCAUAUUUAUCAUGAUCAAUAUGUAUGCAUAUAUAUUUUAUCUUGUUUUCAUACAUAUUUUAAUAAAAUACUUCAUACGCA